CAAUGAACGGCCUUUGCGUGUCGUGUUUGGAGCCCAUAAACGGCCCAUUCCCUCAAGCCCUAGAUUGUAGGACUCUCACUUGAUGUAUGCUUCCGGCACGUCGACGGGAGACAGGAGCCUCGCCUCCGCCGGAAGACGAUGGUUCGUUCCUCUCUCGCUGCCCUCAAGGGAUGGAACUCCUCCUUCCUCCUCACUCCCCGGUCGCCACCGUCCCGUCGAUGCUUUCGAUCGGAAGCCGCGCUGGACGCCCUCCGUUCCCAUUCUAGAACCGUUACCGCCGCCGCCCGCUCCCACCUCGUUCUGUACAACUACCCCUCCUUCUCCGGUGCCUUCGCCGCCCUGUUCGCCCACCUUUUCCACUCUCACCUCGGCCUCCCCUUCCUCGUCUUGCCCUUCUCCUCCGUCGAGCCUUUCAGGGCGGAAGACUUCGAAACCGGAGCUUUCGAAACGUGCUACCUUCUCGAUUUCAUCGGUCCAAAACUCUUCUCGGUGGAGAUGUCGCGGAUAAUUCCUAGAGUGAUAGCUUUUGAUCACCGAGAGAAUACUUUGAGAAGGAUUUCAAGAAUAGGAGAAUGUUUGGAUAAUCUGGAGCUCCGCAUCGACACCAAGAAGAGCAGUGCUCUUGCUGUCUAUGAUUUCUUCUCGGAGAAGCUCUUUCAAAUGAAGUACUCGCAGGUUACGCGAAGAGUUGAGAUUGCAAACUUAUUGAACCAAGAGGAUGCAGAACGUGUUGCAACUGUUCUAAGACAUGUAGAAGAUGUGGAUCUUCACCAGUGGAGGAUGCCUGAUAUCAAGGCAUUCAACAUUGGACUUAGGGAUGAGCGUGCAAGGCUGAAUUGUAUCACCAAUCCUUUUAUGUUUGAGCAGCUCUUGCAAAUCGAUGCUAGUGUUUUGAUUGCCAAGGGAAAUUCUUAUACUCGUUCCCGUGAGGAUGCAGCAAAGAAGUUGCUGGGAAAGGCUUUUAAAAUCCAACUGGGAAGAGGAUUAUAUGGCAAGUGCCUGGCUGUCAGGGCUGAUGGAAAUUCAGAUCUAAGCCAUGAAAUUGGUGUUGAGCUUAGUAGAAGAAGUGCAGCGGCUGGUUUGAGGCCUAUAGGGGCAGUUGUGUUCAUGCAACGGUGUAAUUUGAAGAUGUGUUUGAGGAGCACAGACUGUGGCACUGAUACUUCAGAGAUUGCAAAGGCAUUUGGUGGAGGUGGCAACCAGAGUUCAAGUUCCUUCAUCAUAAGAAUGGAUGAAUAUAACCGUUGGAUCUCAGCAAAUUGAUUAUAGAUCCAUGAAGAUCUGCAACAAAUAUGCACCAAAUCCACAUGUUUUUUGAGUUAUCGUGAUGAAGCAUCAAAGGAACUCGGCCAAAACUUCAAGAUGAUCUCUGUUGCCUCGAGGAGAAAGCUUUUGCUCAGUACAGCUAGGUCAUCCAGUAGGUUCAAUGGCAUGAGCUGUCAGCCCUCCUCCACUCUUCAUUCUCCCUUAGUAACACCAUAACAUUAUACUUCCACUGAUGCAGCAUCAAUUUACUGUCUCUCUGUUGAAAUUUUAGGAGCAGAUGACGUCCCAAGAGCACUGAGAUUUAGUUGGUUGUAGGACAUGUAUACCUUGCGGGUUUUAGAUAUAUAUUUAGUAGGUAGUAGUACCAGCCUCACGUGGGUUUUAUAGGGCUGCGUUUUCUUUUAAUUACCAGUGGAGAUACUAAACCAUAAUGAUUUUUCUCAAA